AUGCGCCUGUGCCUGCGCCGGCUGGUCAAGCUCGUGGCUCAGGAUGUUGAUAUGGUCCUGCUGCGCCGAGGCAUCUGCACACACGGCCUGGACCUGACAGGUUAUUGCCCGCCCGAUGCUGGCAUUGUUGCCGGCCCGCCGGUCGAUCUUGCUAAGGAGGCUGUUCCACCAGAACGGAGUUUGGUCUUCGUCGUCGCGACGUCCUCAUCACUGCUCUGGCCAGACCUGGAAUGGGAAGAUUAUUCAAUGCUGCCUGUCGGCGGCAGACGACUGCGAGCGCCUCCACGCUUGCUGCGCCCAUGGUAA